AUGACUGUUAAAGCUACACACAAAAUUGUUCACGAAGCUAAUGGUGUAGACUUUAGAGAAACACCAGCACAAUUCUUUUCUAGACAGCCAAACAAGGGCCCAAUCACAGACUUACAACACUACAAGGAGUUGUAUCAGAAAUCAAUAUCUGAUCCUGAAGGCUUUUUUGGUCCAUUGGCUAAAGAACUCUUGUCUUGGGACAGGGAUUUCCACAAAAUCAAGUCCGGUAGUUUGAAGAAUGGUGAUGCUGCUUGGUUUUUGGGUGGUGAAUUGAAUGCCUCGUACAAUUGUGUUGAUAGACACGCAUUUGCCAACCCUGACAAGCCGGCGUUGAUUUACGAAGCUGACGAUGAAAAAGACUCAUAUACUGUUACUUAUGGUGAGUUAUUAAGAGAAGUUUCAAAAGUAGCCGGUGUUUUGCAAAGUUGGGGUGUUGGUAAAGGCGACACUGUUGCUAUUUACUUGCCGAUGAAUGCACAAGCCAUCAUCGCCAUGUUGGCUGUUACUAGAUUAGGUGCUGCCCAUUCAGUAAUCUUUGCUGGUUUUUCGUCUGGCUCAAUUAAAGACAGAGUUAACGAUGCCAGUUGUAAAGCUUUAAUUACAUGUGAUGAAGGUAAAAGAGGUGGAAAAAUCGUCAAUAUUAAGAAAUUAUGUGAUGAUGCCUUGAUCCAAUGUCCAAGUGUCGAAAAAGUCUUGGUAUACAAGAGAACCGGUAACGACGAGAUCAAAUUGAAAGAAGGAAGGGACUUCUACUGGGAUGAAGAAACUGCCAAGUUCCCAGGAUAUCUUCCACCUGUUCCUGUUAACUCGGAAGACCCAUUGUUUUUAUUGUAUACUUCAGGAUCCACAGGAACGCCAAAGGGUGUUGUUCACACUACUGCAGGCUACCUAUUAGGAGCUGCAAUGACUACAAAGUACGUGUUUGAUGUCCAAAAGGAGGAUGUACUCUUCACAGCUGGUGAUGUGGGUUGGAUUACUGGCCACACUUAUGCCCUUUACGGACCAUUGUUAUUGGGUGUCCCAUCUGUUAUUUUUGAAGGUACUCCAGCAUACCCAAAUUAUGGAAGGUUCUGGCAAAUUGUUGAAAAACACAAGGCUACCCAUUUCUAUGUUGCUCCUACAGCUUUGAGAUUAUUGCGUAAGGCGGGUGAACAAGAAAUUCACAAAUACGAUUUGUCCUCAUUGAGAACAUUGGGUUCAGUUGGGGAGCCAAUUUCGCCUGACAUUUGGGAAUGGUACAAUGAGCAUGUAGGAAAGAACGAGUGCCACGUUUCCGACACGUAUUGGCAGACGGAGUCGGGUUCACAUUUGAUUGCGCCUUUGGCUGGUGUUACUCCAAACAAGCCGGGUUCUGCAUCCUACCCAUUCUUUGGUAUUAAUGCUACGUUGAUUGACCCUGUAAGUGGUGUUGAACUUGAAGGAAACGAUGUCGAGGGUGUAUUGGUUGUCAAGGACCACUGGCCAUCAAUGGCAAGAACCGUUUACAGAAACCAUACAAAAUACAUGGAUACUUAUAUGAACCCAUACCCUGGCUAUUACUUCACUGGUGAUGGUGCAGCAAGAGACCAUGAUGGUUUCUACUGGAUCAGAGGAAGAGUUGAUGACGUUGUCAAUGUCAGUGGGCACAGAUUGUCCACCGCUGAAAUUGAAGCGGCAUUAAUUGAAGACUCUAGAGUUGGUGAAGCAGCCGUUGUCGGUAUCAAUGACGACUUAACUGGUCAAGCUGUCAUAGCAUUUGUCGCCUUGAAGGAAGCAACCGAUGACGAAGCUGGUUUAAGAAAAGAAUUGAUUUUACAGGUUAGAAAAGUGAUUGGACCAUUUGCUGCACCAAAAGCCGUGAUCAUUGUAAACGAUUUGCCAAAGACAAGAUCAGGUAAGAUCAUGAGAAGAAUUUUGAGAAAGAUCAGUUCUAAUGAAGCUGACCAAUUGGGUGACAUUACCACUUUGUCCAAUCCACAAUCGGUUGAAGGAAUUAUCAAUUCGUUUGCUUCACAAUUUGGUAAAAAGUAG